CUAAAUCCAAACUAGGUCGGCUGCCAGGCUCAUGUUUCCUUCUAUAGCUUCGCAGGACUUAAAAAUGGAGAUCUUCAGAGCAACUUGUGGCGGUUUUCAUGGUUGUAACUUCAAAUUGCUUCCGCCAUUCUCUGUUCAUCAUCCUCCAUUUCGAAGAAGUGCUCCAGCUACUGACUUAAUCCUACCCACUAAGCCCAAACUCCGUCAUCAGAAAUCCACUGCGUGCGCACUUCUUGAAGAUAAAGAUUCCGCCAAGGACGCAAAUACAGAUGUGUCGUUGCUAGUGAAGAAAAGGGCAUCCGAGGUAUCGCUUGAUUUGAAAGGAACUUCUUUAUUUCUUGUUGGGAUCAAUAGCUCCGUUAAAUCCAACUUGGGGAAGCAUCUUGCGGAUGCACUCAGAUACUACUAUAUUGAUAGUGAUAGUGUAGUUGAAGACUCUGUAGGAGGAAAGGCGGCUGCAGCAUCAAUUAUAAAGACAGAUAAGGAGGGAUUUCAGGAUUCAGAGACAGAGGUGCUGAGGCAGUUGUCGUCCAUGGGUCGGCUUCUUGUUUCUGCUGGAAGUGGUGCAGUUCGGUGUUCAACAAAUCUGGCACUUUUAAGGCAUGGAAUAUCUAUAUGGAUCGAUGUUCCUUUAAAGUUGGUAGCCAGGGAGGUUGUGGAAGAUAAAGUUCAACUCUCUGCAUUUGAACUUUCAAUGACUGGAGAAUCUUAUUCUGAGGUUUUGGCUCAGAUGGCUUCCCUUUUGGAAGAAAGGCGGAGUGGAUAUGCAACAGCUGAUGCAACUGUCUCACUCACAAAAGUAGCUUCCAGGUUGGGGUAUGAGGAUCUGUGUUCAGUAAGUACUGAAGAGUUGUGUUUGGAGGUUCUGAAGGAGAUAAGUAAGCUCUUGAGGCUAAAGAAGAUGAUUGAAGAAGCUGCCAGGCCAUUUUAGUUUUGAGUUUUGCUGUACCCUUCCAAGUUCCAUCAACCCUGCAUUUGGUCCUACAAUAUCAUUUUAUUAUGCAAUUCAAUCAUCUAUGAUCAGUUACCAAAAAGAAAACCUGUUGUACAUUGAUGUAUAUCCUCAUAAACUAGCGCUUCAUACGCGCAAUGCGCGAGAUCCAAUGCCCAAUAUAUAAUGAAUGAAUUAAUAUUCUUUUCCAAUGUACUCAUGUAUGGUUAUUGCAUGUUACAUGUGACACAUUUCAUGUUUUU